CUUUGAAGUGGAGUCAUUGUUGAGGCAACAGGUGGUUGUGUGCACGUUGUAAGGGGCAGAAGUUAAAUGGUUAAUUGUGAACUGGAACAAGCAAUAUUUCGGGUGGUUAAUAAUUAGUUGUUUGUGAUUAACGUAAGUUAUUUAGUGAACAACAUCGAUCGACGAAUAAUUGAGUCCUCAGAGGUUGUUUUGAAAAAACAUUGAUGUAACCUGGAACAAGGAAUGCAGCAGGUGGUUUUUAUUCCAGAAUUUAGUUACUAUAUAAGUAAACAAUAUAGACAAAUCAUUUCAUUGUGUGCUGAAAUAUAUGAUAACAAGGAAUAUAGGAGGUGUUUUUUAUUGCGGAAACAGUAAGUAAACAAUAUGGUCGAAUGAUUUUUUUUGUGUGCUGAAAUUUAUGAUAACAAGGAAUACAGGAGGUUGUUAAUAACUCCGGAAUUCAGUCAGUAUAUAUAUUACGGGAGAAUUGAAAUGAAAGCAUUUUGUGUUAAAAUAAAUGAUAGACAAGGACUUUAGCAGGUGGUGAUGAUUCCAGAAAUCAGUAAGUUAAUCAAAUAAACAAUUUGGACGAAUGAUUGCAUUGGUUGGUUAAAUAUAUGAUAAACAAGGACUCCUGGAGGUGGUUUAUGAUUCCAGAAUACAAUAUGUGCAGCGCCGACGUCCCGAGUACAUAAACAGCUUUAAAACAGUCUUUGAAAUAUCUUCAACCUACCUAGUAACUACACAAAUGACAAACUAAAAAGACUAAACCCUCUAGGCAGACACUUGUGUUUCGUUAUUAGGAUACAUAAAGACAGAGUGGGAAAGAACAAACUAUUCAAACACUCUUUAUAAAAAUGUGUCAAGUAAUUGUCACGUGUCGCUCGUUUCUAUGGACACUGUUGUCCAUAGCAACCACGCAGAUAUUCAUUGCAAGCGUCUUUUCACCCGCUUGGCUGAUUGGCUACGAGAGGUCCCCUCAGGCCUUGACCUUUAAUAACCUUGGCAACUCCAGCACGUGGGAAGGUCGCUAUGACAACAAUGAAGACGCCACGGAACCCUUCUCGCCAACUAUCGGAAUAAUUAACAGGUGCACGAGACUAAGAAGAUUCCAGGAAAUUUUAAAACGUGAAAAUUGCGCAACUUAUGUGACUGAAUUUUCUAUGCCAAAUUCACAAUUCCCAGACGCUUGGAAAGCUUCUCUUGUGUUCUUCUGUAUUGGCGGGGUGCUGUUAGUGUUUACAAUGGGAACAUCAGUAAUGAGCAUCUGUAUGCAGUCGAUGUGCGGCAAAAGUAUUUUCACACUGUCGGGGCUUAUUCAAAGUAUUGCAGGCGUGUUUUGCAGUAUAGGCGUAGUUCUCUACCCUGUUGGCUGGUCCUCGGACAAAGUAAAGUUCUACUGCGGGGAGGAGACGUCAGCGUUCCACUAUGAUCUCUGCUCGUUUGGCUGGUCGUUUUAUGCAUGUGUCGCUGCUGUAAUCCUCGUGUUUACCUGCAGUGUUCUCUCUAUCGGUGCCGACCACGCUACCACCAGCCGACGAGUGGAAGAAGAACUCGUUGAGGGAAAGGCGCUUAUCUGCGUCAUGGCUUGAUGUCAUAAAUAUGUGAAAGUGACGUCAUCGUAACGUCAUUAGAUUGUUUGUAUCGUGGUAUAAACUGAUAAUGACGUAAUGAAAUACAAGAAACUUAAGCAUUUCUGCGUACAGACGUGAUUUCAUAUAAAAAAAUAACGUCAUCAAAAGAGGUCUUUGCAUCACCGAAAAAAAACAUUUUACUUUUCUGAAUGGCGAUUUUUGUGUUAUGCAGUUUAAGUGAUUUUCCCCAAGGCUUAUGCCAUUUACAUGAGAUAAGAAUGCUAGGAUUGUGAAUGGUUAAAUAGCAAUUAUUCCAUAGGUAACCGUUCUUGCAAAUCCGCUGUACAAUAUGUGAUCAUCUGCAGUGUUAAUCCAUCGUUGCCAAUAAUCAACCGACGAAUAUAUGAGGGGCUCGUGAAUCUGUGUCAAGACAUGAGGCUAAAAGUGACGUCAUUACUGUAUACUAUCUGCUUGUGGACAUAAGUGUCUUUUUGAAAAUACGCUAGGUAUUGCUUUGAUGUGUCUUUUAUGACGUUGUUGAAAGGACAGUCCAUGUGCGACAAAGGCUAUAGGUAUAAACACUUAUAUGUAUUGAAAGUGACGUCAUCGGUCAUUGUUUAAACAUUUAAAACAUGUUUAAACAUUUAAAACAACAAACGGUGCUUCUUGUGUCAUGUUGUGAAACAAGCUUAGUCAUAAGAUUCAUUAUAGUCAUAAAGUGCAAAUAUGUUUAAUGGUGAAUGCUCAGUUGUUCCAGCCGUUGACGAUAUAUGUGUGUAUUGUCCUUCUUUUACUUGUGUUUACUUAUUUUAUACGUCAUGCUUUCUGAAACCUACCAAUAUAUCAUCAUAAAUAUGGCUGGACCGACUACAUUAUUACCCCUAAUACUCUUUAUUACAUGUAUCGUGGGUCGAAAAUGUUAUUUAUAACAUUACGUCAUCUGUUUCAUGACGUCAUUUUAAUGGACCACGUUUUUGCCCAUUCGGAACACCUCGACCAUUUUCUAUCUAGAACGACCUCGGAUGUAUAUGGACGGUUUAAAUACAAUGUCAAAAAUCAUUACAUUUAACUACGCUGUAUGUAGAUCGCGUAGAAAUUUCAGUUUAGCAGUUAAACUUAGUGACUUUACUCUUGUGCAUCUGAAAUACUUAUGAAAAAAACAACACUUUUCUGGCAAUUAAAUUAAACUUAGAUAUACAAAAUACACGGUAAAUUAGAAAAUACAAACUACUUCUACUGAUGUACCGGCAUACAUCCGAGGUUGUUUUUGAUUGAUUUUUUUUUCUCAUUUUUGGCCGAGGAGUUCCGAAUGGUUAUUGCUAUCUGACCAUUUUAUACUCAUGCUCAUUUGAGUGCUUAUAUAUUAUUAAGCGUGUGUUGUACUCAGGGUUAAAACUUGUGAUUGGGAAUUGAACAUAAUGGACGGGAUACCUUAAAGAGACUCGCUCAUAUUUGUUUACCAAACCUUUCUUAAUGCAGGUAAUGCAUCUGAAAACACUAAUAUUGUCAUUAUUUUACUCAUUGAUACUGAAAUUGCAGGAACAAAGUACAACUUCAGUAUAAAAACCCACACUGGUACAGUCGAUUAUUGUUUAGAAAACUGACAACGAAACCGCUCGCCCACGAGGAUUCUUACAUGAACUAAAUGAUAAUUCAACCUCUCAGCCUAUUGUUGAAAAGCGUUACUAAUGCUAUUCAAAAUCGUUGACUUCAAAGAUAAUAUUUAAGUAUAUAUCAACAGUUGCUAAGUAACUUAACUAUCCAUUAAUGCUUUGCCACACUUUAUUUCGUCAUAAAAACGGCAUCUUAAAAACAUGAGCGAGUCCCUUUAAGUGUGGUUGUGUAGACACAAGCAGACUUUCCAUCGCCAUUAUUUGCUAUCAUAUUUGUAUAGUUUAUUCGCCUUCGGAACCACAAUGUUUAGAGCAAUCAUCAAACUUACUCAGAAUGUUCAGAACUUUGUUUAAGUUAACAACGUGAUUUUCUACAUCGUUGUUAACUUUUAAAGCUGCACUCUCACAGAUUUACCAUUUUUACAACUUUUUUAUUUUUUGUCUUGGAAAGAGCAAAUUUUUGCGUAAAUAUCUGCAAACCAAUGAUAUAAAAUUGCUGACAAAAAAUCAGAUAGUAGAUUUUCAUAUUUCCGUUCGAAUAUUAAUGUUUUAUGGAUUAAACCGUUACUAACGGUUUAAGAAAAAUGCAUAAAACAUCAAUUUUUGAACUUAUAUAUAAAUAUCUGCGAUCUAAUAUUUUGUCAGCAGUCUUAUAUAACUUUCGCAAAAAUUGGCUCGUUCCAAGACAAAAAAUAAAAAAGUUGUCAAAACGUUCAAUCUGUGAGAGUGAAGCUUUAAAGUCGAAUAUUUGACGAUGUGCUCAUACGUUUAAAUAAAACAAGUAAAUUUGAAUCAGUUGUCUAAGAUCUUAUUAGAAUGGUAGCAGAUCACAGGUGUAUCUACGAAACUAACAACGAUAACGAUAACUAAGUUGUUAAUUUUAACAUUGUUCUGAACAAUAAGUCCAUAGGGCAAUACAAUGUGUAUAUGUUGUGAUUUUCCUUGUCAUAUAUAUAUUAAUAAAUAAAGUUGUCUUGUUCGACCAAACUAUUUGUACACAAAUUUAAUGUUUGUCAAGUAUUAAGUGUAGCUGUUGUGUUUUAUUUUUAUAUUCAUUUCAUUUUUACUAUAAACAGUGUGUGUGUAUAUCACGUGAUAAAACGUCAUAGAUGCUACGUCGGAAUGCAACUUUUAGCUUCAAAUAAAGACAAAGAUAACGUGUUUUCUUCACCAUUUUAAAUGAAACAAAUGACAGUCUAUGCCGCUUCAAGAGACCCGCCUUCUUUUUUAUUAAAAUAGUUUUAUUAAGUGAUAAGUUUCCUCAAACACUUCGACAAACCUGUUUCCAAAAUAAUGUUUAAACAGUGCUCCAUUAGGCGGCGGUUUUGUGAAAAGGUUUGUCGAAGUGUUUUAAGAAACUGAACUCUUAGUCAAAACUGUGGUGAAGGCGGGGCUCCGUAAGCGGCGCAGACUGAGCUAUGUUUCAUAUAAAACGGUGAAGAAAUAGUAAAGUUAUCUUUGUUUAAAGUAUUCAUUCAAACCAAAUUGUUUCCUUCUGACGUAGCAUUUAUGACGUAAAUUAUCACGUGGUAUACACACACACACUGUACAUAGAGAGGAUGCGAAACGUAACUUGUACGUGUAUCUACAUAUAAGAUUGUGUAUUUUAGCCUGUAUGUCGAUAUCGCUCCUUGAACGUGGACUUUGCUGUCGGGUUCACUCAGAUUCACGCAUAAAUAACUUUCCAUAUGAGUUUCCAAAUGUCAAAAUGCUUUGCACUACUAGUGUAUAGCCACUGAAGUACAAUUACACUACACAUUUUCGAAAAACACCAACUAACAGUAAUGUUCUAAAAAUGAGCUUGGUGAUAUUGCAUUUUAUAAUGUGUACACAUACAAGGAUGGCGUAGUACUCAGAAAGUAGUCAACAGGAACACGUACCAGUAGCUUUUCAAAACCUCUCAAGUAUUGCAUAAUUGUGAAUUUUAACUAAUACCAAUAAACUUUGAACCAAA